AUGCUAUAAGCUUUCCAAAAACUACAUAAAAUAAUAAAACCAUAAAAAUCAUUCUUAUAAAAAUUCCAAUUUUCAGAAAGAUUAAAUUUAAAGGAAAAAUCAUCACUUCCACCAUCUUAGCAAGUAAUAGGUAUAGAUUUAGGGACUGCAAAUGCCGUUGUAGCAAUUCUCCAAGAUAAAAAUGCUCCAAAAGUAAUAGAAAAUGCAGAAGGAAUUCGUGUCACUCCAUCAGUAGUAUCGUUUUCGCCUGAUGGAACGCCAUUUGUAGGCACUCCUGCCAAGCGCGCAAUAAUGACAAAUCCAGAAAACACUAUUUAUGCAAUUAAAAGACUUAUCGGAAAAAACUAUGACGAAGUGGAAGAAUAUAUAAAAACCCUUUCAUAUUAAAUAAAAAAGUCUCCUGAAAACAGGCCUUUAAUUUAGGCUAAUGGCGAAGAAUACCUUCCAGAAUAAAUAGCUGCAGUAAUAUUAAAAAACCAAAAAUAAACAGCUGAAGCAUAUUUAUCAAAAAGCAUCUCAAGUGCAGUAAUAACAGUUCCAGCGUAUUUCAAUGAAUAAUAAAGAGAUGCAAUGAAAGAAUCUGCAAAGUUAGCAGGUUUAACCCCAAAAAGAUUAUUAAAUGAACCUGUUGCAGCUGCUUUGGCUUUUUCUGCAGGCAAAUCUUAAAAUUAGGAUAUUUCAAAGGUAGCUGUCUAUGAUUUUGGAGGAAGUACUUUUGAUUUUUCAGUCUUAGAAUAUGGACAGGGCGUAUAUGAAGUACGUGCUUUUGCAGGUGAUUUAGAAUGCGGAGGUAAUGAUAUAGAUGAUUUAGUAACAGAAUAUAUCAUAAAGGAAUUCGAAAAUUAAAACCCUGGUGUAAAAAUAAGUCAGGAUAAAUUAGCUUUCCAGAGAAUCCGUGAAGCUGCUGAAAAAGCAAAAUUAGAGCUUUCCUCCACAACCUAAACAGAAAUUAAUUUACCUUACAUAACAGCUGAUGUGACAGGUCCAAAGCACGUAAUAGUGAAUUUAACAAGAGGAAAAUUCGAAAAUAUAAUAAGAUAAAUUAUUAAUAAGACUUUUUAGCCUAUUAAAUAAUGUUUAGAAGAAUAAAAAAUAGAAGUUAAAGAUUUUCAUGAUAUUAUCGCUAUCGGAGGUUGCUCAAAAAUACCAUUAGUAUAAAAAUAUGUGGAAGAGUUUUUCUAGAAAAAAAUCAAUAGAAAUAUUAGUCCAGAUGAAGCUAUUGCUAUGGGAGCCUCGCUUUAAGGCAGCGUCCUUGAAGAAGCUCUAAAUGAAAUCAAAGUUCUUGAUUAUGUGCCUCUUUCUAUUGGAAUUGAAACCAGGGGAGGAAUUUACAAAAAAAUUGUUGAAAGAGGAACUCCUUUACCAACUAAAAAGUGUAUUAUACUUACUAGUUCUAAAGAUAAUUAAUAAUAUAUCAAUAUACAUCUUUAUUAAGGAGAGAGGCCUCUUGUUAAAUAUAAUAGAUGGGUUGCUAGUAAUGUUUAUUGUUUUAUGGAACCAACAAGAAAAGGUUGGCUUUAAAUUAAAGUUGAAUUUGAUAUUGAUUUGUUAGGAUAAUGUAAAGUUUCAAUUCGUGAAAAAGAUCAUAUGUAGCCUUUAGAGUUUGAAUUUAUUGCUGAUUGUGGGAUACCUUCAUAUGCAAUCCAAGAAAAAAUAACAGAUUUUUAUUAAAAUUAAAAAGAUGAUAAGAAAGAAGUUGAGGAAAUCAAAAAGAUCUUAAAGUAUUUUGAUGAAUAAUACUAUGUAUAUAAACUUGCUGAUGGUGAAGAUUCUGAAUUCAAUUUUUGA